GUUCACCCAGUAGCUGCUCGGUGGUGGGUGAGGGAUCAGCUUUCUCUACUAGUUCCCACCCUGGGACUUCUUAGUCCCUGGAAUGCGACAGAGAGAGGCUCAGGGAGUUCCCGGAGUGGGGCGUAGAGGGAGCUACUGGUGGGGACUUUUCUAGGGGCUUUCCCUUCGUGGGGUGCUAUGGAGUUCCCAGAACACAGCCAGCAGCUGCUGCAGAGCCUCCGAGAGCAGCGGUCCCAGGGUUUCCUUUGUGACUGCACCGUGAUGGUGGGUAGCACCCAGUUCUUGGCCCAUCGGGCUGUGCUGGCCUCCUGCAGCCCAUUCUUCCAGCUUUUCUACAAAGAACGAGAACUGGACAAGAGGGAUCUGGUGUGUAUCCACAACGAGAUUGUCACGGCCCCAGCCUUUGGGUUGCUUCUGGACUUUAUGUAUGCUGGCCAGCUGGUCUUGAGAGGGGAUACCCCUGUGGAAGACAUACUGGCAGCUGCCAGCUACUUGCACAUGAAUGACAUCGUCAAGGUGUGUAAGCGGCGGCUGCAAGCCCGGGCCCUGGCAGAGGCGGACAGUACCAAAAAGGAGGAGGAAACCAGCUCACAGCCCCUCAGUUUGGAGUUUUUGUCCAGUACUUCCCGUGGUCCCCAGCCUUCCUUGGCAUCUGCUGAGGCAUCAGGCCAUUGGGCCAAAGGGGAAUGGAAAGGCCCUGCGGCUCCCUCACCUACUGUCUGUCUUCCGAAUGAGCUCCCAAUGCCUGGUGGGGCUGACACUACACAACCUGGCAUGGAGGUUGACUCGUCGAAUCUACGGGCACCUCCUCCACCCGUGGCUGAUGUCUCUCUUGCCAGCCCCAGUAGCUCCACAGAGACAGUUCCUGCAAACUACUUCUCUUCUGGCCUCCCAACAGUUUCAGUGGAGCCACUGGCUCCCCUUGAUGUGGGUUCUGAGAGUCUGAGGGUGGUAGAACCAAGGGGUACUGAAGGACCAUUACAAGGCUUCUAUCCCCCAGCUUCAGCUGCAGCACAGAUCCCAGCCCCAGUUCCAUCCCAGGCUCCCACCCCAGCAGAAGCCGAGCUGGUCCAGGUGAAAGUAGAAGCUAUUGUGAUUUCCGAUGAGGAGCCUGAUGUGUCAGAGGAACAGUCUCAGGGUCCUGAGGGACUGUUCCCACCUGGAGGAGCAAUGUAUGGUGGACAGCCCCCCCAGCCAGAGGCUUUUGAGGAGCCCAGGGUAGCAGGACUGGAGGAGGUGGGGCCAAGUGACCACUUCCUGCCCCCAGAUCCUCACCUCCCCUACCAUUUGCUGCCAGGUCCAGGGCAAUAUCAUCGAGGACUGAUGAGCUCGCCCCUGCCUGCUCCUCCGGCCCUGCAUGAGCCACUUUACCUGCCUUCUGAGUAUGAAGCAGCCCCAGGAAGCUUUGGGGUUUUUACUGAGGAUGUUCCCACAUGUAAGACAUGCGGAAAGACCUUCUCAUGCUCUUAUACACUACGGCGACACGCCACAGUGCACACACGUGAGCGACCUUACGAGUGUCGCUACUGCCUGCGCAGCUACACGCAGUCAGGGGACCUGUACCGUCACAUCCGCAAGGCUCACAAUGAGGACCUGGCCAAACGCAGCAAACCAGAUCCAGAGGCUGGCCCCCUCCUAGGAGUGCAGCCCCUCCCUGGCUCCCCUAUGGCAGACAGACAGAACAACUGUGGUGGAGGGCCACCCAAAGAUUUUGUACUUGGCCCCAAAAAGUAACAUCUGGGGGAGCAUGAGCUGAUGCGAGGCCUGUUCCUUGCGAUCGUUGGGGCAGCUCAGAAGGUUGGAAGCAUCUCAUUUCCCCUGCUGGGUGACAGAAGGAAGAUUCCUGACCACAUUGAAGGUUCCUCCCAUCCUUUUCUUUACCCAGCCAGAUAGCAGGACCUUAUGGAUCUCAGUCAGCACCAAGGGCACUGGGAAUUUUCUUGGGGUGUAAUCGCUUCUCACUCCGCAUUCUGGAUCAUAAAGCUAGCAGUGAAAGUA